UUUUCUGCUCACAGCCAGUCGGUCACAGGCAUUUUUCAUUUCUCUUUCUAAAGCUCUGGACGGAUAAUGGUGUCUUCACGAGUCAGGAUUUCGGUUCGAGUAUUCUUUAUCCUUCUUCUUCUUGCUGUCCUUUUCUAUGCUGGUCGUCCUCUUUAUUGGAAAAUCUCUGCAACUAUUCACGAGAUUCGAGAGAAUAGGCAAACUGUUAAACAAGGGAUUUCACAAAUUGUUUAUGAAGCUCAGAAAUCAGUUGGAUGGUUCCAUGAUGAAUCUGAUCCUGGAUUUGAAGACGAACACAGUACUAAGAAAUCUGGUUUGAUCACUACUACUAGAAGGAUUCUUAGCGGUUAAUUUCAUCUUAAAGAACUUAUCAGCAGGUAAGUAGAUUGCAACAGGUAAUCUGGCAAGUUGAUGUUUCCACUAUGUGUGUGCCCUCUUGCAUUGUUCGUGCUUUUACAGCCAGUGAGUAGUUUGCAACAGGCAAAUAGACCUGGUGUUUUUGGUAAAUAGACUUGGUGUUAGGCUGCAUGUCCUGCAUAACUUGCAAGUUGCUAGAAAAUCUCUGCUUGAUGGCAAAUUUGCUGUAUGCUAAACUUUCUACACACUUAUGUUUCAUUUUAGCAAGCCUGUUAAGGACUUGCUCAGUUGUUUCUAAUUCCAUGUUGGGGCCUUACAUUUUGGGUGUAUAAACUAUCUAAUUAGUUCCGUCCGGGCAUGUAAAGAAGCUUUUUGCAAAAUUUGUUCCACCUACCUCAUGCCAUGUGGGUGUCCUAAUUUUGUGGCAUCACUGCUCUUCCAUUUUCAAGAAACGGCCAAGCAGUUAGUUCAAUUUCUGACAUAUAAUAAACCAAAAGUUACAAAUAUUCUACACCAGUUUCAUGCAAUCCAUUACGUGGAUGGCCAACAUUGUUUCCAUCUUCUAUUAAAUCCAACUUCUCCAAAGUAAAGAUCACACUGGGAAUUCACAAAAAUUUUCCAUAGGCUAUAGCUUCAUUUCAGUACUCCAUAUUAUCAUACAAUGUCUCUUCUUUCUGAUUUAAUCAACAUAGAUCUUACUGAUUCAACUGAGAAAGUCAUAGCUGAGUACAUAUGGAUCGGCGGGUCGUCGUGCAUGGAUCUACGUAGCAAAGCCAGAACUCUUUCGGGUCCUGUUACUAAUCCACGCAAACUUCCUAAGUGGAACUAUGAUGGUUCAAGUACUAAUCAAGCUACUGGAGAAGACAGUGAAGUUAUUCUGUACCCACAAGCAAUCUUCAAAGACCCGUUCAGACGCGGCAAUAAUAUUCUCGUGCUUUGUGACACUUACACUCCUGGUGGAGACCCGAUUUCUACCAACACUAGGUACAAUGCCGCAAAGAUAUUCAAUGAUCCUGAUGUUGUCGCUGAGGAACCUUGGUUUGGCAUCGAGCAGGAAUAUACCCUGUUGCAAAAGGAGUCUAAAUGGCCAAUAGGGUUUCCGGCGGGAGUCUCUCCGCCUGCUCAGGGACAUUACUACUGUGGGAUUGGAGCCGAUAAGAUCUUCGGACGUGAUAUAGUUGAAGCUCAUUAUAAAGCUUGUCUCUAUGCCGGUAUUAACCACGGUGGAAUCAAUUCUGAAGUAGCACCAGGACAAUGGGAAUAUCAGGUUGGACCGUCUACUGGAAUUUCAGCUGGUGAUGAAUUAUGGGUUUCUCGGUAUAUCUUGAAAAGAAUUGCUGAGAUUGCUGGUGUUGUUGUCUGCUUCGACCCGGAACCAGUUCAAAAGGGUUGGAAUGGUGCUGGUGCACAUACAAAUUUCAGCACUAAAACCAUGAGAAAUGAAGGAGGGUUCAAAUUUAUUAGGGAGGCCAUUGAGAAGCUGGGACUCAAGCACAAAGAACACAUUGCACUUUACGGCGAAGGGAAUGAACGACGUCUUACGGGGAAGAACGAGACUGCAAAUUAUAAUAAUUUCAUAUGGGGAGUUGGAAAUAGGCAAGUAUCUAUUCGAGUUGGAAAAGAUGUUGAAAAAGCAGGAAAAGGGUAUUUCGAAGAUCGUCGUCCGGGAUCAAACAUGGAUCCUUAUUUGGUUACUUCCAUGAUAGCUGAAACUACUCUUCUUUGGAAACGAAUGUAAUAGUCUUUUCUUCCAGGCCCCUUGAUUCUUCUUUCAGGUCUUACAAAAUUCCUUUGGCAAUGGUGGUGGACAGUGGACACUAUAAAAUGGGUUACUUGCUUGUUGCAUAUAGCAAUGAUGAAAUAAAUUGAGGGGUCUGUGCUUGUUUGUUUACUUGCUUGUUGCAUGUAGCAAUGAUGAAAUAAAUUUUUG